AUGUCCGCAUCUGCCUUCCAAAAUGCCUUCAACUUCUUCAACAAGGAUAAAACUGGCUGUAUUGAUUUACAUGGAAUGAUGUGCACUCUAGCGAAGUUGGGAAUGACUCUAACCAGGCACGAGGUCUAUAAUGAAUUAAGAUAUGCUGAUAUUGAUCGAGAUGGGAAAGUGAAUUUCUCAGACUUUAUAAUGGUGCUAACAGAUAAGAACCGCUUCCUGAAGGCUGUGGUUCCAGGAAAAGACACCAAUUUAGAUUCAGAAGGCUGCUCAGGGAUCCUAUUGUUUGAAAUCCUAUCGAAGCUCGUAGAGACUUCAGCCCUACCCAAAAAGACUAUAAUGGAAAUAGUAAGGUAUUUCCGGAAUAAACUCCAGGAAGCCACCUCAGGAAUGUCAUGGAGUCCCUAUAAUGUGAAUUCUGCAAGAAGGAGACUAAAGCCAGACAUAUACACACCUCCCAAUUCAAGCACAGCUGCCUUUGCCAGUGCUGCCCGGAUAUCAAUAAUGAGAGAAAAGGAUUUAUUUAAAUUUCUGGAAGAACUCAAGAAAUGCAAUCCUCCUUCAGAUAGCCCAUAUUCCAAAAUACCCAUUUUCCCAUUGUUCCCUGACGUGGAUACAGUGGUGCUGGGAAAACCAACCAGAGAUCUACAUAAAUUUGAAUUAUUGAGGAGAAAGGAGCCUCUGAAUUUCUUUGAGAACUAUUUCUUCCAUAAAAAGGACUGGAAAACACAGGCGGUACACGUCAAGCCUAUUACUCCUACUUCAGGUUAUCCACCUGAAAUUUUUGCCAUUAGCCAGUUGCUCAAGAAGAAGACGAAUUUGACAGUGGAUGAUGCAGCAAUGAUUAAACAGCAGGUAAAGAGAGCUAUGGAUAACUAUAACUUAGGAAUUGCUCUUGAACAUCGGAAGGAAAUGUUAAGCCUCUGGCAGAAGAUCCGAGGGGAUUUGAUUGGGUUAGAAGCUAAAAAUGAGUUCUUCUAUGAUACUUUUUCUACUUAUACAUGGUCCUGGAAUGUUUGCCAAGAAUUACUUUCUUCAAAGGACUUAAGAUUAUAUGAUGCCUACAUGAAUAGAAAUUCCUUCCACCACUCCAUAUGCACUUCCUCUUUGAAUUCCAGUGAAAGUGACACAGACACAGAAAAUAAAAGCAAACAGAAAGGUGGCAGAGGGUUUCGACAAUGA